GACCUCAGGAAGGGUUGCAUAAAUCAGAAGCCGCAGAAUCAUGAAAGCGCUGUACAGGACUUGAUGCUUUAAAUCCCGCUUUCUGUUCUCCAUCUACUUAUUAAUACUGAACUGUGUAAAUUCACCCCCCAUUCAUUUGGCUAAACUUCAGACUCGACAUUGAAAGAUUGCUCCCUCUCAACUUCUCCAACAUGUCUAUCAACAUCAUCAAGGACCCUUCAGACGCCAGACUAGAUAUCAUCCUCGUCUCCGGUCUGAAAAUAGACCAAAAGGACUGGACAUCUGCCGAAAACUCCAUCUUUUGGCCUGAGAAACUUCUCGCCACGCAAAUCCCCAAAGCACGCAUUUUGGUCUUUGAAUAUGACGAGGAUCUGACACUGGAUGUAUUCUGGAAUAAGCGGGACUUGAUCUCUAGUAAUUCGGAUGAUUUGGUGAAUUCGUUGAUGGAUGAGAGACGGGGUGAGAAGGCUGAGAGACCGUUGGUUUUUAUCGCACACUGUCUCGGGGGAUUGGUCGUUGAGAAUGCCCUCAUGAGAGCGAACAAGAACGAAAAGAAGAGACAGCUCGUUACCUGCGCAAUAGGUCUCUUACUGCUCGGAACACCACACUACCAGUCUGCAACACUAUCCCAGGCAAAGAAAUACUUCCAACUAGCCCAGAAAGAUGUCCCAAGCGAUUCGGACCUGCAAGCCCUAUCAAAACAUGUCCUGGCAAUUCCUCAAUCCUUUGCGGAAUUCAUACAAUCCAAUCCCAUCAACGUGGAGAGCUUUUACGAAGGGGCCCCUGUGAUUAUCGCUGAUGAUCAAGAGAUCGAACUUGUAGAAGAAUCCCUCGCAAAAUUACCGGGCGAUUUCCCAGAUCCAACUAUGCUCAAAGGAAACCACCAUUCCAUGAGCAGGUUUGAGAGCGAAAGGGACAAGGAUUACAAGAAUGUGUCUAGAGUUCUUGCGGAUUGGGUGGAAGAUCUUCCUCAGCCUGAGGAGAAAGGGACGACGAAUAAUAUCUCGAAUGCCUCGUUUUCGGGGUCGACUAAUUAUGGGUAUCAGCUCGGGCAGAAUACGGGUACCCAGAGUGGAUUUACUUUUGGUGCGAGGUAGAUGUCUUUGUUGUCACGCUUGACAUCAAUCAAUCUAUAAGAAUAGUCAACGUGGUUAAUCAACCUUUUUGAUUAGGGCAUAGUCGUGACAUACUUUAUAUAGAUAAUUCGUAGCAAAAACUACAUAUUCGAUUUAAUCUAGUCACCGCUUGUCUGGUUUCGAGAAACGCCGUAUAGCAGAUUUCAAUGUCACUAGUCAACAUAAAAUACCCUUACAAUAGGUGCAACAAUACCAGUUCAGUCUACCCAUG